UGAAGCUUCAGAGAGAAACAGUGUGUUGAACAGAGACUGAAGCUUCAGAGAAACAGUGUGUUCAACAGAGACUGAAGCUUCAGAGAGAAACAGUGUGUUGAACAGAGACUGAAGCUUCAGAGAAACAGUGUGUUCAACAGAGACUGAAGCACACGGAGAAACAGUGUGUUUAACAGGAAGUGGUGAUUUAGUAAACAUGAGUGUUGUGCUGCUCUCGUUGGUGAAGCAGCGACUCACUGCGGCUGCUGAAGACAUCUUUGUUCUGUUUGAAAGAACGAUAGCAGACUACGAGGAGGAACUGUCUCGUUCAAAACAGGAGAACGAGAGACACCGGAAACUACUGGACGCUGUUUUACAGCCUCAGCUUCAGAUCCACAGAGCAGACGUCCAGCAGCUGGUGGUGGUUAAAGAAGAGGUUCCCCCUGAGCAGCACGAGUGGAUCUCCAGUCUGGACCAGGAGCACCCAGAGCCCCCCCCACACAUUAAAGAGGAACAGGAGGAACUCUGGAGCAGUCAGGAGGGAGAGCAGCUUCAAGGGCUGGAGGAGGCUGAUAUCACCAAGUCCACAUUCACUCCUGUCCCUGUGAAGAGUGAAGAUGAUGAAGAGAAACCUCAGUCCUCUCAGCUUCAUCAAAGACAAACUGAACACCUGGAAACAGAAGCUGAUGGAGAGGACUGUGCAGGACCAGAACCAGCCAGGAACUCAGAUCCAGAGAGACAUUUACAACCAGAGACUGAGGACAACUCUGGAGACUCUUCUGAACCUGACACUGAAGACAGUGCUGAUUGGAAGAAGACCAGAGAACCAGGUUCAAACUCUCAGAGAAAUAAACAAGAAGAUGUUAGUGAUUCAAGACAUAGUGCAGGAGACAAACCAUUCAGCUGCUCAGUCUGUAAGAAGUCUUUAACACAGAGAGGAUAUUUAAAGGAGCACAUGAGAAUCCACACAGGAGAGAAACCAUUCAGCUGCUCAGUUUGUAAGAAAUCUUUUGCAGUGAGAGGGAGUUUAAAGGACCACAUUAGAAUCCAUACAGGAGAGAAACCAUACAGCUGCAGUAUUUGUGACAAAAGAUUCACCUGGAGGCAUAAGGUCAAAAGCCAUAAGUGUGUUGGUCGUCAGUCCUCACAGCUUCAUCAAAUUCAAACUGAGGAGAACAGAGAGGCAGAGCCUCCAGCCAGCAGCUCAGCUGAACACAUGGAAACAGAAGCUGAUGGAGAGGACUGUGGAGGACCAGAACCAGCCAGGAACUCAGAUCCAGAGAGACAUUUACAACCAGAUACUGAAGACAACAACAAAGGUGACAUAUUCUGUUCAUUUUCAGACGUCCAGCAGCUGGUGGUGGUUAAAGAAGAGGUUCCACCUGAGCAGCACGAGUGGAGCUCCAGUCUGGACCAGGAGGACCCAGAGCCCCCCCCACACAUUAAAGAGGAACAGGAGGAACUCUGGAGCAGUCAGGAGGGAGAGCAGCUUCAAGGGCUGGAGGAGGCUGAUAUCACCAAGUCCACAUUCACUCCUGUCCCUGUGAAGACUGAAGAUGAUGAAGAGAAACAUCAGUUCUCUCAGCUUCAUCAAAGACAAACUGAACACCUGGGAACAGAAGCUGAUGGAGAGGACUGUGGAGGACCAGAACCAGCCAGGAAGUCAGAUCCAGAGAGACAUUUACAACCAGAGGACAACCCUGGAGACUCUUCUGAACCUGACACUGAAGACAGGGCUAAUUGGAAGAAGACCAGAGAACCAGGUUCAAACUCUCAGAAAAAUAAACAAGACCAUGUUAGUGAUUCAAGACAUAGUGCAGGAGAGAAACAAUUCAGCUGCUCAGUUUGUAAGAAAUCUUUUAAACAAAGAGGACAUUUAAAGGAGCACAUGAUAAUCCACACAGGAGAGAAACAAUUCAGCUGCUCAGUUUGUAAGAAAUCUUUUAAACAAAGAGGACAUUUAAAGGAGCACAUGAGAAUCCACACAGGAGAGAAACCAUUCAGCUGCUCCGUCUGUAAGAAGUAUUUUACACAGAGAGGAUAUUUAAAGGAGCACAUGAGAAUCCACACAGGAGAGAAACCAUUCAGCUGCUCAAUUUGUAAUAACUCGUUUUCAGUGAGAGGAAGUUUAAAGGACCACUUUAGAAUCCAUACAGGAGAGAAACCAUACAGCUGCAGUAUUUGUGACAAAAGAUUCACCUGGAGGCAUAUGGUAAAAAGCCAUAAGUGUGUUGGUCGUCAGUCUUCACAGCUUCUUCAAACUGAGGAGAACAGGGAGGCAGAGCCUCCAGCCAGCAGCUCAGCUGAACACAUGGAAACAGAAGCUGAUGGAGAGGACUGUGGAGGACCAGAACCAGCCAGGAACUCAGAUCCAGAGAGACAUUUACAACUAGAGACCGAGGACAACAACAAGGAUGACAUAUUCUGUUCAUUUUCAGACGUCCAGCAGCUGGUGGUGGUUAAAGAAGAGGUUCCCCCUGAGCAGCAGGAGUGGAGCUCCAGUCUGGACCAGGAGGACCCAGAGCCCCCCCACACACAUUAAAGAGGAACAGGAGGAACUCUGGAGCAGUCAGGAGGGAGAGCAGCUUCAAGGGCUGGAGGAGGCUGAUAUCUCCAAGUCCACAUUCACUCCUGUCCCUGUGAAGAGUGAAGAUGAUGAAGAGAAACCUCAGUCCUCUCAGCUUCAUCAAAGACAAACUGAACACCUGGAAACAGAAGCUGAUGGAGAGGACUGUGGAGGACCAGAACCAGCCAGGAACUCAGAUCCAGAGAGACAUUUACAACCAGAGACUGAGGACUACCCUGGAGACUCUUCUGAACCUGACACUGAAGACAGUGAUUAUUCUUAGGUUUAAAUUGUUUGGGUAAGUCCCAGGAAGUCGUAUAUAAUGCUUUAACUUGACUGUUUGUGAUAAAACAUGUUUGGUCAAAGUAAAGACAGGACUGUGGAGGACCAGAACCGGCAACAUUUACAACCAGAGACCGAGGAGGUUUCCAUAUGUGACCCGCUCUAUCGAAGUCGCAACAGCUCAUUUCAAAAUAAACGUGGAUUUACGUAAAAAACUAUUUUUUCAGGGUUCGGGUGUUUUGUUUGAUUUUAAACAAACAAAGUCUUGGCUUUCAGAACAUGAAACUUUUAUUUCCAAAAUCACACGGUAAAUACAUUUUUGAAGCUUGUAAAUGGACGAAGACAGCUCUCACUCGCAAUCUGCUCUUCCGCAGCGCCGCCCCCCCCCCUCCCUCCGGCUGAAAUUAUGAAUGUAAGGUGUAUAGUAAUCAUAGAUAACACGGCAGGGUCCGUUACAGUUUGUUUUCAUCUGAUUUCAAUUAAACAAAGUCUUGGCUUUCAGAAUAUUAAACUUGUUUCGGCAAAUUCAGAUGAUAAAUACAACUUUGAAGCUUCGGCAUAAUUACAAGCUGAGAACGGAGUAACUUAACGUCACAGCAGGCAUAACAACAGCCGGUGUUUCUCAUGAGUGUUUUCCACGGGAAUCAAACACAAUACACACAAACGCAAAAUUACACAAUCACACACACGCGUAUACACACACACACACACACGAGCGAGCGAGCUUCCCCUCCAAACGAAAAUAUCUUCCCUCCGUAGUAUUUUGAUCAUUUGCUCCACUAAUAAUCAAUCAGAUCGAUGGAUUCCAGAGAAGAGAACACUUUAAAGGCCUUUUUUCUCAAAAUGAUGACUCAGUGACAGUCAUUAUAUAAUGUGACAUAUUUCGCUUAAUAUUUGGAGUACAACAACAAUCCUGAUAUCAUUAGAAAGCUAGGAAUCUCCUCUUUCCAACAGUGUAUACAACUCAAAAUGUGUCUUCGGGUCAAUGGGACUGAUUUCGAUGGAGCAGGUCACAUAUUUGGUUAAAUAAUUAAAACAAAAGUUCAUAUAAUCAAAUAUAAUUUUGUAGAAUCCACAAUGUAAAAUGCAUGAUAUGUCACAAAGCUCUAUACUUAUAUACUAAAUGUACACGGUUUGGUAAACUGAUAUGAAAGAGUGUAAGGUCUGAUAUAGUUUAUCACUAAAGGUGUCACAAUUCAGCAGAGGGAAGACACCCUUAAAGAGCCUGUGACAGCAUCCCAACAACUGUUGUGCAAUGAAAUAUUGGGCUACUAGUAAUCUCGAACCGUCAGUUUAAAAAAGAAAAAGCGAUACCGUUCCGUUAAAUAUCAAUAAUUUCGAACAUCGCGGGGAAAUUCCUUGGACUCAUUUUGAAGUUUUGGGGGAAGCCGGAAGUGACGUCAAUGCGGAAACGCUUCACUGUGCGGCGAGAGA